CCCUCCGCGUCGCGCCGCCGAGCUCUGUCGGGCCGCCGCCGCCGCUGCCGCUGCUCCUCGGGCUCAGGGCCCGCGCGUCCCCGAAGACCGGAGGCAGCGGUGGGAGCCUUCGCGGGCACUGCAGAGCGGUCGGGGCGGCCGGGAUGGAGCCCCGCGGAGUGGACUGACGCGUCGUGGCGGGUCCGGCCUCGCUGGUGUCGUGGACGUCUUGAGCAGCGCAGACAUGGCUCACCUUAGGGGGUUCGCCACCCAGCACUCCCGCGUGGACCCCGAGGAGCUCUUCACCAAGCUCGAGCGCAUCGGCAAGGGCUCGUUCGGGGAGGUGUACAAAGGCAUCGACAGCCGCACCAAGGAGGUGGUGGCCAUCAAGAUCAUCGACCUGGAGGAGGCGGAGGACGAGAUCGAGGACAUCCAGCAGGAGAUCACCGUCCUGAGCCAGUGCGACAGCCCCUACAUCACCCGCUACUUCGGCUCCUACCUGAAGAGCACCAAGCUGUGGAUCAUCAUGGAAUACCUGGGUGGCGGCUCCGCGCUGGACCUGCUGAAGCCGGGGCCCCUGGAGGAGACCUACAUCGCCACCAUCCUGCGGGAGAUCCUCAAGGGCCUGGACUACCUGCACUCGGAGCGCAAGAUCCACCGCGACAUCAAAGCUGCCAACGUGCUGCUCUCGGAGCAGGGGGACGUGAAGCUGGCCGACUUCGGGGUGGCAGGGCAGCUCACGGACACGCAGAUCAAGAGGAACACGUUUGUGGGCACCCCCUUCUGGAUGGCCCCCGAGGUCAUCAAGCAGUCUGCCUACGACUUCAAGGCCGACAUCUGGUCGCUGGGGAUCACAGCCAUCGAGCUGGCCAAGGGCGAGCCGCCCAACUCGGACCUGCACCCCAUGCGCGUCCUGUUCCUCAUCCCCAAGAACAGCCCGCCCACGCUGGAGGGCCACCACAGCAAGCCCUUCAAGGAGUUUGUGGAGGCCUGCCUCAACAAGGACCCCCGAUUCCGGCCCACGGCCCGGGAGCUCCUGAAGCACAAGUUCAUCACGCGCUACACCAAGAAGACGUCCUUCCUCACCGAGCUCAUAGACCGCUACAAGCGCUGGAAGUCGGAGGGCCACGCCGAGGAGUCCAGCUCUGAGGACUCCGACAUUGACGGGGACGCAGAGGACGGGGAGCAGGGCCCCAUCUGGACCUUCCCGCCCACCAUUCGGCCAAGCCCACACAGCAAGCUGCACAAGGGGACGGCCCUGCUCGGCCCCCAGAAGCCCGCAGAGCCCGUGAAGCGGCAGCCACGGUCCCAGUGCCUGUCCACCCUCGUCCGGCCUGUCUUCGGGGAGCUGAAAGAGAAGCACAGGCAGAGUGGUGGAGGCGUGGGCGCCCUGGAGGAGCUGGAGAACGCCUUCAGCCUGGCCGAGGAGUCCUGCCCCGGCAUCUCAGACAAGCUCAUGGCACACCUGGUGGAGCGGGUGCAGAGAUUCUCUCACAACAGAAACCACCUGACGUCCAGCCGCUGAGCUCAGCCCGGGGGCAGCCUGUGCGACGGCCCGUGGCCACGCUGUGGAGCGGCAACCCCCUGCAGCCCCUGUCUCCGGCCUGCGGGCUGGCCCUCCACAGCUGUGGCCCCUUGGACCUGGCAUCGGCGGCCAGUGGCUCUGCCCGUCUCCACUCGCUGCCGGUGGCCGUGGCCCUGCCUUGUGUGUUGGCUCGGGCCCGAGUCCACAGCGUGCGUGCCGGCCGGCCGCCGCUUUCUGAGAGGACUGGACUUCACCCCUCGGUAGCCUGGGCCUAAGGUGGUAGUUUUCUAGCACACGGAGGCUCUUGCCGCUCUGAAUAAAGACCUGAGUCAGA